AUGCGGACCCUUUUUGGGGACAUUCCAAUCGCGCUUUGGCAGGCAUCCAGUCUCCACGACUUCACCACUCGACUCCUGAAAUUGAACAACGGGACUUUGUUGCUCAGCGGCCCCAUGUUCCUCAACGGGGACAUGAUCAUCACCAGCGACCCCAUGAACGCCCACCACGUCCUCAGCAGAAACUUCACCAACUACGAGAAAGGCCGCGAUUUCAAGGCAAUCAUGGACGCCUAUGGUGACGGCAUCAUCAACUCUGACGGCGAGUCGUGGAAGCUCAAGAGGCAGCUCGUCCACUCCCUGAUCAACACCAAGGAGUUCGAAGAUCACGUCAUGAAAGUCAUGGCGGUCAAGUUGGAGCACACCUUGUUCCGCAUCCUCGAUGAUUGUGCGUCAUCAUCCGAGGUUGUUGACAUCCAGGAUGUGCUCAAAAGGUUCAUGUUCGACAACAUCUGCCUGUUGGUAUUGGGGUUCGAUCCUGGCUACCUGCGGCCUGCUGGACUACUACUUUCCACUACUACUCCUACAUUGUUGUGUGGCAAAGCAUUUGAUGAUCUGAAGGAGGCUGUCGUGUACCGCCACAUUGUCCCCAAAUUCCUGUGGAGAAUCCAAAAGAGGCUUGAUGUCGGAGUGGAGAAGAAGGCAAGCAGAAGUCGCCAGAUCCUCGAUGACUUCAUAUAUGCAAGGAUAGAGACGAGGAAGCAAGAGUUGGUGAAACUAGGAGGAAUUAACGACGACAACAAUGCCAACGAUGUGUUGACACGACUUUUGGUAACGGGACAAGACAAGUCAGACAAGUUUGUGAGGGACACUGUGUUCAGCUUGAUAGGAGCUGGGAGAGACUUAAUCUCCUCUGCCCUAACUUGGUUUCUUUGGCUGGUCGUGACCCACCCGAAUGUCGAGGGAAGAAUUUUACACGAGAUCAAGCUAGUCAUGGACGUGCGGCGGGAUGAUGAUGAUGAUCAAGAUAGAUUGUUUUUUACCAAGGACGAGUUGAACAAAAUGGUGUAUCUUCAUGCCGCGAUUUGGGAGACCUUGAGGUUGUACCCACCCGCGCCAUUCGAGCACAAAUGCGUUGUGGAAGCGGAUGUGCUACCUAGUGGCCAUGGUGUGCCUAAAGGCACGAAGAUAUUGUUCUCCAUAUACUCGAUGGGUAGGAUGGAAGAGAUAUGGGGUGAAGAUUGUACGGAGUUCAAGCCGGAGAGGUGGAUUUCGGAAAAAGGGAACAUAAUCCAUGUUCCGUCGUACAAACUUCUCGCCUUUUUAGCAGGGCCAAGGACUUGUAUUGGGAAGGCUAUUGCUUUCUUGCAGCUCAAGUCCAUGGCCAGUGCCGUUCUCUGGAACUACAAGUUCGAUAUGGUGGAGGGUCAUGUCGUGAAGCCGACACCUACUAUGAUAUUGCUUAUGAAAGAUGGGUUGAAGAUGAGGGUUUCCAAAAGGAGUUUAGUUUAA